GCCAAGCCGACAAUUAGACCAUGGCCCAAACUUUCAAAAUCCCAAACCCAACUCCAAGAAUGCAGGCGCAGGGGAAGAGGCAGCACCGCAGCAGCAGUCCACUUGACCGCAUCCUUCCCUUUCAGCACGCAGCAACGUAUCGUCGAUAGUCAGUCGCUGCCUCGCUGGUCGGCCGUCGAACGGACACCGCCACGUGCCCACGUCGGAGCUGCGGAACUGGGUAUCUGGGAAUCUGGCUUUCUGCAACCCCUCUGGCUUUCUAAUUCUGCUCUUCGGUGGUAAACUGGGAACCCGCAGCUGCGGAACUACCUAACGGGUAAUGAAGAGAUGCUAUAAUUCUGUGAAGUAGGAGCUAAGGAAGGUAUUUCAUCCAGAAUUGUAGUGCCCCCAAUACAAUUCAAGAAAACUCAACAACAAAUGAUGAACAAAACCACAUAAAUAACCGACAAUCAUUCACCGUUGAAAAAUUUGAUUCUUCCCAACUUCCAUCCGACCCUGGAUUGAGAAUACCGAUCUCAAGCUAAAUCCGCCCCUGGUUGCACGGCUGCACCACCGCCUGCACUUCUACGGACCAUUGGAGACUGGACUUGCUCACCUUCAAUUCUCUCAUUUGUUUCCAGUCCCUUCGUACCUUCUCAGGUUAAUUACAACGUGAAGAUUUUUAAAUUUCGGUGAAACUUUGAAGAAAUGAAUUCAGUGCUAUAAAGUCAUGUUGGCUGAAGUUGAACUCUGUGAGCACUGUCCUACUUGGAAGAGGAUCCAGAUUUAGUGAAAUAUUAAUGAAGUUUGCAACAAAAGAGAUCUUCUCGAUCCUAAAAUCUCAACAAAAUGCCCAUGCCCACCUUCUCUAUCACUACAGAACCAUUGUUAAAGUCCGUCUGAAAUGGGUGAAAAACCGAGGCUUAGAUCACAUCAUAGAUGUCCAAACAGAUCUUAAAGCCGCUUGCCUUCUCAAGGAUGCUAUUGUACGCUCACCUACUGGAUACCUCAACUCCAACUCCCUUGUUGACUCCCAAAAACUCCUUGGUCUCACUGUUCCCACCCUCCGGUUCAUCCGCCGAUUCCCCACUCUCUUUGAGGAGUUUCCACAUCCCAAGUAUCCAUCGUUGCCUUGCUUUAAGCUUACCCACAUUGCAAAAGUUCUUCAUGAUCAAGAAAUGAAGAUUUUUGAUGAUGUUGAAAGUGAUUUGAUGGAGAGGCUCUCCAGGGUCCUCAUGAUGACCAGGAAUAGAAUGGUACCUGUGUUAUCUCUGCAUCGACUAAAAUGGGAUUUAGGAUUGCCUGAUGAUUUCGAUCGCAACCUCAUAAAAAAAUUUCCAGAUGAUUUCACUGUCGUUAGGGGCACAAAUGGUUUACCAUGUCUAAAACUUCUCAACUGGAAAGAUGACUUUGCAUUCUCCGAGUUCCAAAAGAUGAACCAGAAGGUCGAGUCAGUUGACAAUAACUCUGAAAGUUCCAUGUACAGGAAAUUUCGAAGGGGGAAAUCGACAUUGGAAUUCCCCAUGAGUUUCCCCAGGGGUUAUGGUGCACAGAAGAAGGUGAAAACCUGGAUGGAGGAGUUUCAGAAUCUUCCCUACAUUUCUCCAUAUGAAGAUUCAAGUGGAAUAGAUCCUGACAGUGAUCUAAUGGAAAAGCGGGUUGUUGGCGUGCUUCAUGAAAUCUUGAGCUUGACCCUUUACAAGAAAACGAAGAGAAAUUACCUAAGGAGCCUCAGGGAAGAAAUGAACCUCCCACACAGAUUCACCAGAAUAUUUACUAGAUACCCUGGGAUUUUUUACCUUUCAAUGAAGUGUAAAACGACGACUGUGGCACUUAGGGAGGGUUACCGUCGUGGUAGACUGACAGAUCCGCAUCCACUUACUCGACAUAGGGACAAAUUUCAUCAUGUGAUGAGGACUGGGUUAGUUUAUCGAAGCAAAGGACUGGACAUUUUGCCUCAGCUUGACACUAUUGGUGACAAUGGAGAAGAAGACACCGAUAAUGAUGAAGAAAUUGAAAACAGUAAUGAAUGCUAUGAAUAUGGAAGUUCAGAUUCUAAUGAAGAAGACUGACCUUCGUUGCUUAACAUGUAGCUUCUUUACCGAUUAAAUUGAAGGUGGUGGUUAUGAAUUAAACAAUUUUUGAAAUAUCAGAUAUUAAUGUUUUUACAAUGAUGGUAGUUGCAUAUAGUUUUACUGUUUCAUUCAUGGUCUCAAUUUCAUAGUGGGGGUAAAAUAAAAAUGCAU